GGCAACAUUUGAUGGCAAUAUCCAAGCGUCAGUUCUGAUAAGGUGGACACUAUCAAUAGUGCUUGCCGAACCCAUCGCUUGAACUCUACUUCUAAGUGAUUGUUGGCAGAGUGUCAAAGCUUGGCGUGAUAAUUGUUCUCUCUCGGAGUCACUUGCAGAAAAUCUAUCAACUCUUAAACAUGGCUAUGAAAUAUAAUAUAGUUGUAUGUAUGAUCGUGAUACUACUGUAUCUGCAUGUCUGUUCUGCACUUUCUAUCAGAAGACCGUGGCGUUGUCGUGGCGUAUCGAAGAGAAAAUUGAUAAUAGACACAGAUGCUGGCGGAGACGAUGCUUUAGCAUUAAUGCUGGCACUUCUGUACGAAAUCAAGACCUGCGAUAUCGAAAUUUUAGCUAUAACUUGCACAUAUGGUAACGCGUACUUGGAAGAUGUGAUACAAAACGUGUUGAAAACUUUAACUGUUGCUGACAGAAAUGAUGUACCAGUAUACAUCGGGUCUGUAAAACCACUAAUAAACACGUAUAAAUUUGACAAUUAUUUCGGCGAAGACGGGUUUGGAGACUUUAAUUUCACUGAACGAAUAACUGCGAAAGUGGAUAAGACCAAACCUGCUCCUAUGGUACUCGCAGACCUAGUGAAAAAAUAUCCGAAUCAAAUAACUAUAGUCGUUCUUGGACCUUUGACAAAUAUUGCUGUAGCAAAUAUGCUACACCCUCGUUUCAUAGAUAACAUAAAAAAACUUAUUAUAAUGGGAUCAAACAUCGAACCGGACUCUAAAAUCGAAUUCAAUUUUGAACAAGAUCCAGAAAGUAAUUGGAUAGUAUUAAAUAACACUAAUAAAAUCCACACUGUAUUUCCAAUAGAUACAGUAACUAGUCAUAGUAUUGCAAAGGAGGAACGUGGAGAAAUCUUUAAUAAGAUAAAAAAUUCGUUCGCGAACUUUUUAUCUUUAGCUGAGAGAGUACCUUUAGAAAAAACAGAACUUUGGGGACCAGCGGAUGGCAUGACUAUGGCAAUUGCAUUAAAACCAGAAAUAGUUUCGGAAACGUUUAAAACUAAUUUAGAACCGGUACUUAUUGGAAAUCGGGGUGAAGUUGUAGUAGAUCCCAACAAUACCGUACACAAUGCAGAAAUUAUUCAAAGUAUCAAUGUAACUGCAUUUAAAGACUUAAUAAUUGAAUGUCUUUCUUAAUGAUGGAUUCGAAUUGUAUCACGAGCUUGCUAUGGAAUUAUUUUUUAGUAAUGCAUUAAUAUGCUUAGUAUAAUUAGUAUGCUUAGUAUGUUUAACCCUUUACAUUCGGAGUCAUCUUUGCUAGAUUUACAAUGUCCCUUCUGAGAAGACAUGCAAGCGCAAAGGGUUAAUAUGCAUUGUUGAAACACACGGAGUAUUACAUAUAAAUACAAAAGAUACUUACAUUAAAAAAGUUGGUGCUUUUUCUAUCUGCAAAAAGUCCUUGAAAGGUUUGUCCAGGGAAGAACUGACAAUUGUAUGUUCCUAGUAAAAGAUCCUUGCAUCUCGCAAUAUUCUUCGACUUUUUGUUAUUAAAAAAGAAGUGUGCCAAUCUAUAGAACGACUUGUGAUGUUCCGUGAAUCUCAAUAUACACUGUUCCAGACCAGCCAAACAAUAUGCGAUUAAUGUUAUUACUUCCUCUUCCGGCAUUUGUUCCUCUGAAAUACACAAAUUCCGAAUGACAAUCUAUAUAAUACUCCAUGAGAUAUACUGUAACUUCCCGCUGUAAUAAUUAAAAUAAAGGAAUUGCAAUCAUAA